AUGAGCAACGACAAGGAUAGCAUGAACAUGUCUGAUCUCGCCGCUGGUGCUCUGAACGAAGAGGAUCGAGCAGGCCUCGUUAACGCUCUCAAGAAUAAGAUACAGAGUUUGGCCGGGCAGCACUCUGAUAUCCUCGAGAGUCUCUCUCCUGUAGUCAGAAAGCGUGUUGAUACCCAACAUGAUGAAUUAGAAGCAAAGUUUUUUGAGGAGAGAGCAGCCCUGGAAGCCAAGUAUCAGAAAUUGUACCAGCCUUUGUAUAGCAAGAGAUACGAGAUCGUAAAUGGUGUUGUGGAAGCUGAAGGAGCUACUACUGAAGCAGCAAAUCAAGAGGAUAACGCUGCAGAGGAGAAAGGAGUGCCUGAUUUCUGGCUCAAUGCAAUGAAAAACAAUGAAGUGCUAGCUGAGGAGAUUACUGAGCGUGAUGAAGGGGCCCUUAAAUAUCUUAGGGACAUCAAGUGGUUUAGGAUAGACAAUCCCAAGGGGUUCAAACUUGAGUUCUACUUUGACACCAACCCCUUCUUUAAGAACUCUGUCUUGACAAAGAUAUAUCACAUGAUAGAUGAAGACGAACCCAUUCUUGAGAAAGCAAUAGGGACGGAGAUUGAAUGGUAUCCAGCAAAAUGUUUGACACAGAAGCUCCUUAAGAAGAAGCCUAAGAAGGGAUCUAAGAAUGCUAAGCCAAUCACUAGAACUGAGAAUUGCGAAAGCUUCUUCAACUUUUUUAGUCCACCUCAAGUUCCUGAGGAUGACGAAGAUAUUGAGGAAGAUGCUGCUGAGGAACUCCAAAACCAGAUGGAACAGGAUUAUGACAUUGGUUCUACCAUUCGAGAUAAGAUCAUCCCCCAUGCUGUUUCAUGGUUUACGGGAGAAGCUAUCCAGGGAGAUGAUUUUGGAGACUUGGAAGAUGAUGAAGACGAUGACAUUGAAGAUGAAGAUGAUGAUGAGGAUGAUGAGGAUGAAGAUGAGGACGAAGAUGAUGAUGAAGAUGAUGAAGAUGAUGAUGAAGGCAAAACCAAAAAGAAGACAUCAGCUGCUCACAAGAAGAGUGGAAGAGCACAACUUGCGGACGGUCAGCAGGGCGAGCGGCCUCCAGAAUGCAAACAGCAGUUUUGCCUUGCUUUGCUCUUCUCUUAUUUGAUUCUGGAGAAGCUGGGCUGUGGAGGCUUGGAAACUUGGAGGUUGUUGCCUAUGGCAAGGCUUCUCCGAAACGCUCUUUCUAUGAAACGUUUUCUAUUCCCACCACAGGUACAUCGGAGAGGAAUAUUGGGGCCAUCUACUCAGCUUUGCAAUUUUUCUUCUAAAGGCAGAAAGAAAUCUAAGUCAGAUGGAAGUGACUCCAAUGAAGAGAAUAUGUCCAAGAAAGAUUUAGCUCUGCAGCAAGCCUUGGAUCAGAUUACAUCCUCAUUUGGAAAGGGAUCUAUAAUGUGGCUUGGUCGGUCCGCCUCUCCUCGACAGGUCCCCGUGGUAUCCACGGGUUCUUUUGCUCUGGAUUUAGCACUGGGAACUGGUGGAUUUCCGAAGGGACGUGUUGUGGAGAUAUUUGGUCCUGAGGCUUCUGGGAAAACUACUCUUGCUCUACAUGUAAUAGCCCAAGCACAGAAGCAAGGAGGGUACUGUGUUUUUGUUGAUGCUGAGCAUGCCCUUGAUCCUUCACUGGCUCAGGCUAUUGGGGUAAACACUGAGAAUCUACUUCUCUCGCAACCUGAUUGCGGUGAGCAAGCCCUUAGUCUUGUAGACACUCUAAUCCGGAGUGGUUCGGUUGAUGUUGUAGUUGUUGACAGUGUGGCUGCCCUUGUGCCUAAAGGUGAACUUGAUGGUGAGAUGGGUGAUGCUCAUAUGGCUAUGCAGGCUAGAUUAAUGAGCCAGGCGCUUCGCAAAUUGAGUCACUCCUUGUCUCUAUCGCAGACAAUAUUAAUCUUUACAAAUCAGGUGAGGUCGAAGAUUUCUACUUUUGGAGGAUUUGGUGGGCCAACUGAAGUUCCUUGUGGCGGCAAUGCUUUGAAGUUUUAUGCUUCAGUGCGACUUAAUAUUAGGAGAAUAGGGCUUAUCAAGAAGGGUGAAGAGACUUUAGGAAGUCAAGUUCAAGUGAAGAUAGUGAAGAACAAACUUGCUCCUCCAUUCAGAACUGUUCAAAUAGAGCUGGAGUUUGGUAAGGGUAUAUGUCGCGAAUCAGAGAUCAUAGAAUUGGGAGUGAAAAACAAAUUCGUCACAAAGUCUGGUUCACAUUAUAAUUUAAAUGGUCAAAAUUUCCAUGGCAAGGAUGCUCUGAAAAGGUUUUUGGCCGAGAAUAACACUGCUAUGGAAGAACUUACAACAAAGCUUAGGGAGAAGCUAGUAGAUGUUGUGACAGACAAUGAAGCAGAAACAGAACCCAUGGAGGAAAUUGUUUCACCUGAUUCUACUGAUGAAGAUGCAGUUACGGCAGUCGGAACGUAA